CUGAAUCCUUAUCCGUAUAAAAGCCAAUCGCUUUCCCUCUCCUGUUACGUAAUGUGAAAACAUUUUUAUUUGAAAACGAAGGAAACCCACUUCAAUCUUCUUCAUCACUACUGAUACAACAGAAUGGGUUUCAAGAAACUGGGUUUGUUCCUUUUCGUGAUAAUCUUGUUUCUGAUUCAUGUUCGUCCUCUGCAUGCACAACCCUCGCUAAAUUCCUCCACUGCUACUACUGGGCUCCAGCGGCUGGUCUUAGUAAACAGGAAGGGUGGAGGAGGUGGCGGCCAUGGAGGUGGCCAUUCAACUGGAAGCGAAGCGCAUGGUGGAGAGGCUAAAGGUAAUGGUGAUGAGGGACAUGGUGCAACUGUAGUCCCUCUUUAUGCUGCUGGGGCUAUGAACCGUCACCAGCACCAUGGUUCUAAUGAAGGCUCCCCGAAAUAUACUAGUUCCCUUUAUUUGGUUCUUGCAGCUUUGGUUGUUGGUAUUCUUUAGUAUUGUGCAUAGCUUACAGUAACGGUGUUUAUACAGUAGUGGUAUUUAUUGUCUAGAGAUAAUCACAAUCACUUGUUAACAGGUUGAGGUUGUCAUGUUUGUUCUAUCCUUAUCAUGCUGUUGUAAAUUUCUUUUAAUUACGCUUAACUACCUAGCUCUUCGUAACCCAUAAAUACAAUUAUAUCAAAACAUAUCAAUAUAGGGAAAACAUUAUUGCUUCAUCCA